AUGUUUACGACCGCUGUGCGCGCUGCCCGCCCCGUCGCGAGUGCUGCUCGUCUCCAGACCUUCAAGGCAACCAGGCUGCCUGCCCUGCGCGCCCUCUCGACCACUUCUCGCGCAUCCUCAGACCAUGGUCCCCCACCGCCCCAGCUUUAUGGUACCGGAGGAAAGCCCGGAACCGUCCCCAGUGAUUUAGACCAGGCGACUGGUUUGGAGCGAUUGCAGUUGCUCGGCGACUUGGAGGGUGCGCCUGCUUUCGACGACAAGCCCUUGGACGCGAGCAGGAUUGGCACCAAAGCCGACCCUAUCAAGGUCCUAUCAUAUGACACUGAGCGCAUUGUUGGCUGCACGGGCUCGCCUGCCGACUCUCAUGACCUUCUUUGGUUUACCCUGAAAAAGGACAAGUUGGGCCGCUGCACUGAAUGUGGCUCAGUCUACACCCUUGACUUCCAAGGCGAAGAAGACCAUGGCCACCAUUAG